AUGAUGUCACUGUUCAACAGCGGCGCCUCUAGCAACGUCGAGGACGCCGAGUUGCGAAAGCGAGGCUACGCGCUGUGCAGCGAACUCGGGUCGGGCUCGUAUGCCAAGGUCAAGUCAGCUUUUUCCGAAAAACUGACGAAGAAAGUAGCGUUAAAGAUCAUAGAUAGAAAGAAGGCGCCGCGAGACUUCCAGCAGAAGUUUCUCCCGCGCGAGCUGGAGGUGAUGAAGCAGAUGGCGCACCGUAACGUUGUCGAGCUGUACGAAAUCAUGGCAUCUGCCGAAAAGGUGUACAUUGUGAUGGAGCUGGCAGCACACGGCGACCUGCUGGAGUACAUCAAGCUGCGAGGCGCGCUUCCCGAGAAGGACUGCAGAUACUUCUUCAGACAGCUCGUCGACGGCAUCGAAUACCUGCACAGCUUAAACAUCGCUCACAGGGACUUGAAGUGCGAGAAUGUUCUACUAGACGUUAACAAUACGUUGAAGAUUUCCGAUUUCGGCUUCGCGAAAGUUUGCGCGGCUAAGGACCUGAGCGACACGUUUUGCGGCAGCGCCGCCUAUGCAGCUCCGGAGGUGCUGCGAGGGAUCCCCUACAAUCCGGCGACGUACGACAUCUGGUCGAUCGGUAUUAUCCUCUACAUCAUGUGCUGCGGCUCGAUGCCAUUCGACGAUUCGAAUAUGCGAAGGAUGAUAAAGGAACAAUUAAGUAAAAAGCUGAGCUAUUCCCGGUCCAAGCGUAUAUGUCACGACGUGAAAGAUCUCAUAGGAGCCAUCUUGGAACCAGACGUGAGAAUUAGACUGAAAGUAGACGGCAUUAAGAAUUCCGUUUGGCUGCGGGAUAAAUCAUCCUACACGCCCCCGGCCACUCCAGAAAGUAAAAAUGGCGGUUCUGAAUGCUCGGGAGCCAACGCUAGUAGCAGCAAACAAUCUGACGAUACAAAUCAGAACUAGGAUCCUGGAGAAUAUAUUUAGUACGGCUAAUCUUUUCUCCUAUGA